ACCUUACGCUCUUCUUCCCCCUUUCCUCUCGAAAUUAGGGCUUCCGGGUUUCGCAGUGAUCUCCUUCAAUCCCCAGUUUGAAAAUGCCUCGCUACGAUGAUCGCUAUGGGAACACUCGUCUUUAUGUUGGCCGCUUGUCAUCCAGAACUAGGACCCGAGACCUUGAACGUCUUUUUAGCAGAUACGGAAGGUCUCUGGGAUUUUGCCUAACCUGGAGAGUGCGAGAUGUGGAUAUGAAGCGAGAUUAUGCUUUUGUUGAAUUUGGUGAUCCCCGUGAUGCUGAUGACGCGAGACAUUACUUGGAUGGACGAGACUUUGAUGGAAGUCGCAUCACUGUGGAGUUUUCAAGAGGGGCACCUCGUGGUUCUCGGGAUUAUGAUAGCAGAGGCCCACCUCCGGGAGCUGGUCGCUGUUUUAACUGUGGUGUUGAUGGUCAUUGGGCUCGAGAUUGCACAGCAGGGGACUGGAAGAACAAGUGUUACCGUUGUGGAGAGAGAGGACACAUUGAGAGAAACUGCAAAAACAGCCCCAAGAAGCUUAGGCGGAGUGGAAGCUAUUCCAGGUCACCUGUAAGAUCCCGUUCUCCUCGUCGUAGAAGAAGCCCAAGCCGGAGUCUUAGCCGAAGCCGAAGCUACAGCCGAUCACGAUCCCCGGUGAGAAGAAGAGAGAGGAGUGUGGAGGAGAGAUCACGCAGUCCAAAGCGAAUGGAUGACUCUCUAUCGCCAAGAGUCAGAGAUCGUAGUCCGGUUCUUGAUGAUGAAGGCAGCCCAAAGAUCAUAGACGGGAGCCCGCCACCAUCACCAAAGCUUCAAAAGGAAGACGGAUCAGACCGUGACGGUGGUAGCCCCCAAGACAAUGGAAAUGGCAGAAACUCUGUUGUCAGUCCUGUUGUAGGAGCCGGCGGUGACAGCCCGAAAGAGGACCAGAGCCCCGUUGAUGAUGAUUACGAGCCAAACCGUGCUUCCCCUAGAGGAAGCGAGUCCCCUUAACUUUGAUGCCUCAUGGCCUCUCAGGUUGCAGGCAUUGUAGCAUGUGUACUAUUGGAUCGACUGCUAGAUACUUCCUUUCUCUUUCAAGUGUGUUUGCUUUAGACCCUUUUAAGUUGCAUG